AUGCAACAGGGUGUGCAAACGGACGCAACAUGUAACAUCCAACAAUGUUGGGAGUUGUUGGUCAAUAAUGUUGCGUCCGUCUGCACGCAGCCUAAGUGAAUGCGAAGCACCUAGUUUUAUGCUUUUGCUGUGUUAUUAAUUACAUACAGACAUUGACGAAUGUGCCAUUGGAAGCCAUGGCUGUGUCACUGGUUCAUCCAUUUGUGUCAACACUAUUGGAUCGUUUAAGUGUUCUUGUAACUUUGGUUACGACUUAGUCUCUGAGACUUGCCUUCCAGGUACAAUUUCGCUCUAAAGUGUUGUACAUCACUUGAUAUCUGGUUAUGAAUUUGGACUCUUUCUUUUCGAGUUCUGAGCAUCCAAACAACAUUGCUAGUGAAAUGGCAUAGACAGGAGCUCAUUGACCUAAUUUUCAAAAAAGAAAAAAUAAACGUAUUAACCAUUUCACUCGUAAAAAGUGGCCAAAUAAUUUUUUUCGUCUCAAUCCAAUUUUAUUUCUUCAAAAUCCAAAACUAUAAACAGUAAUAUGUAAAAGGUCUGUUAUUAGAGGAUGUUAGCAUCGACAACGAGUACGAGUUCUAGAACCAGAUCGGCGAUUUUGCGUACUGCAUGCGCAUCCGUUCUGCGCAUCUCCAUGUUUUCAAGUCGUCCUCUCAAGUUGCACUACGACGAGUUCUCACCAAAAACUCGAAGUGGGUAGAACGACUGGGAAAAGCUGGUUUUCAAGGGUAAAUUCCGAUCGUUUAAUGCAGUUUCUUUUCGUUUCUACCCUCUCUUUAUCAUCUUGAACAUUCCUUAUAUUGUUCUAUAUAAAAUACUGCUUUUGAAGUCGAGGAAAAGCAACCGAACGCGAUAUUUCCUACACAGAGUAAAUUUGCAUUUACCCGGGAAAUCUCUCCACAGGCCUCCCAGCUCACGAAAUAACCCCGAAAAUUGCCAUUAAUUGGUCGAAAAUAUCCCAACAGUCGAAGCGGAAUCCCAUAAUUUUAUUUUCUAUAAACUCGAAGUCGGUGUCAUCGCUAACAUAGAAAGCUGAGAAAACGACUUCGAGUACGAGUACGGCUUGAAGUCGUUCUCGUACUCGUACUCGUUAUUGAUGCUAACAUCCUCUAAUAUAAAUGGUAGCACUUGUUCCAAGAGUAAAUCAAGUGGAAAGUUAUUAAAAAAAAGCCGAUACCUGGAAGGAAUCUGUGUUGUGUACCUAUAGAUUUAUAGACAAUCAAAGAAACUCGUCAAACAGUUAUCUUCCAGCAAAUCGCAACAAAAUUUAAUCGGUUAAAUCUGUAAAUGCAGUAAUGGUGAGUUUGCAGUGAUAAAUUGCCGAUUGUAAAAAUUUCCCACAGAAAAACGCAUAGACUGCUCACAGUCCCCUAUUUUUGGUAAGAUCGGCCGGCGGUCAUUUUGGUUCAAUAUGUAAAAAAAUAAAAAUUUACCGAGGGGCGGGACAUAUAUAAGAUGGGCGCCCGUAAAGCAAAAUCUUCGAUCUUGGCGAUCUUGCUGAAAAAAAGUGAAUAGUCUAAAAAUCGCACGAUAAAAUAGCGCUGAAAACCACGUGCAUAUAAUGACCUUGAUAGAGAUGCUUUUCUUUUUCUUCAGUAUUUUACGCCACAUUUAACUGUGACAAUGCAAUGGAACUGUUUGCUGAUGAUACAAGUCUAGGAAACGACAAUAGUAACUGGAGGGCUUCCUUUACCUACACUAUAAUAGGAAACCCUCGAGUUAUUUCCGUGGUAGGAGCGGACUUUGGAGGAGGAUUUGGAAUACUUGGCUCCACUACCAAUGGUCUGUUAACCAAUGAAAGCUGGAAGUGCACCGGUGUUCUGUAUCCCGGAUGGAAUUCCCCGGAUUUUGAUGAUCAGAAUUGGCCUUCCGCAAGAGUGUUUGGAGUUAAUUCAGCUGAUUCUCCGUGGAGAAUGAUGAUAAGUGGUAUUGAGGCGACAGCAAAGUGGAUAUGGGCUGCUGAUCAGGAUAAUGGUGUUGUUUAUUGUAGAUUGAAUCUACAGUAG